AAAACGGAAAACAAUUUUGCACAUUUCCCAUGAUCCUCUUCCGAUACACAUUCUCUAUGUUGCUCUUCAUAUUUAUGCCAACAAAAGAGCCGUUUGAUUGAGUAAACGAGAGAAAGGGAGAGGGAGAGAGAGAGAGAGCCGAUACGAGAUAUAGAUAGAAAAUGAGAGCUUUCAAAUCGUUGAUUUCAUUCUUAUGAUUUGCCAAUGUACGAUUUCGAGGCCUUAAUUCACUUUGCAUGCUCAUCUCCAUUUGAGAUAUUAUCAGCAAGGGAUUCAAGGGAAUUGAUCUCUCGAUUGGAUUGGCUUGCUUGGAAAAUGACGACCCAAUCAAUUCGCCAUCGAAACGGAAUCGGAAAUGAAAGAUGAACAUAGAGAAAAAAGAAAGAAUAACCGAUACGAUACGUUGAUACAUACUGCUCUCGCUUCUAUCACGACGGUAUGCAAACAACAACGAAUGUCAACGUCGCUUUUGGGCAACUCCAUUCUAAAUAUGGCACAAUCUUUCUUCAACUCAUGGAUGCCAUCGUAACAGUUUCAUUUUCCAAUUUGUAUGCCUUUUUUUUUUAAAAAAUGUUGCCUUUGCCUUGUAGCAGCAGAAGCAGCUCUGCAAAUGGAACAACAAGGAUAAUGCUAAUGUUGACGACGACAACGAACGGCAGUUUGGCGGCAUCAACGGCAACAUAAGCAGCAGCGGUAUAACACAGCAUACGAACUUUUCUUCUUUUCAUAUGUUUAAAUUAUGUUAUUGUCGAAUGCCAUGUGGAUAGCAUUAUCUUUAUCAGAAGCAUACAUCGAAUGUGUAUCAUGCCAGCCGCAUUCAUGCUUGUGCCUUUCUCGCUCCACAUCCCGAUGAUAUUCUACGUAUUAUUCUGCACAUGGUCUCUUCACUCUAUCGCACUCACUCAUUCACUCUCUCGCCCCGCUUCGCCAGCUCUUUCUAUCCGUUGCUCGUGCUCCCUUACUCACUGCUCGCUGUGUGUAUAGUAUAUGGCUGAAGUUAAGUUAAAUUCAACAUACCAUCCAUCGCGUUUAUUUUGCAAUCACGCUAGGCACAUCGGUGUAUAUAAAACACAACGGGCUUGAUAGAAGUGCUUUCGCUAGCACUUUAGUCAGUUAUGAUCGAAACGCUUGGCCGACAAGACAUCGCCUUUUUCUUUCUGUCCCUUAUUCUUUGGCUCGAGUGUUGAAUUCAAAUAUUCGAUUCGUUAUUCGUACCGAUUUAUCAUCAUCAUCAUCAUCAUCAUAUCGGUGGUGAUUGCAGUUUUCAUGCUAUCACAAAACCGACAUUUAUCGAGACGAUUAUAGAAUGGUUUCUUGUUAUUCCGAGCCAUAUAAGUUUUUAUUGUGAAAUCAGUAGAAAACAAAAAGUUAUGACAAUUUAUUUUUAAUUCGCACAUUGCAAAAUGAUUGUUCGUUCGGUUUGUGUUCGGGCAUUAAUUGGUUUCUCUCUGUCUUCUUCUCGAUCUAAAACAUAAGAACAAUGUAGUUAUGUAUCAAAUUACCGUCUAUUUCGGUUGAUAAUGGGCCGUUUGACCGAGACAACGGUCGCAACGACGACGACGACAACGGUGGCGGCCAUCCAUCGUCCCAACAAAGACGACUAAAAUUCAAACCCAUAUUUUCUAAAGAACAAUAAACGAAUAUAUCAAGCAAAUUAGCAACAAAGAAAAUAUCAUUAAAUUGCGGUGCUAGUGCUACUGCUCACAAUCAAAAUUUUCGUUCCAAAAGAAUGCAAAGUCAGCUACUAUGUUUUGUGUAAAGUGUAUCAUGUGUAUUGCAUUUAGUGCGUUUGAGUUUGUCUACGACGAGGACAAUAAUGGCUAAACGGCUAAAGCAAAGGCAAUAAAUGACAUUGAUAAAUGCUCUGGAUGAGCCUGAAGAUCGUGCGUAUUAAAAAGGCUCACAGACACACACACACACGCGCGAUAUAUGAAAUAUAAGACAUAUUUAUCUAUUAUGAAUAAAAACUUUUUAUUCUGUUUAUUUUUAUUGGGUUGUGUAUUGCCCGCUGUUGCCUGCCAAAGUUUUGCAGCGACUGAAAGUCGCGAGAAAUUGCCUAUGUCGUGAUAUUAUUAUAUGUGUAAAAGCAAAAGCGACAGAAAAAUAAUAUAUAAUAAAUAACGCCGUACUGUUUGAAUAUGCACGCAUUAAAUUUUAAGAAGCAUGGAUAAGAUGAUGGGAUUGUUGGGAAAUCUCGUUAAAAUUUACAUUCAACGCGUCAAAAAGGGAUAAGCGUGCAAUUGAUUUUCGUUUGGCGUGUAACAAUAUUGUCAACCGUUUUUGUCAUCAUUGCCAUCGUUGUCGAGAUAAUACCAGCAACGGCGUGAACAUAAUCAUAACAUCGAAAGUUCCAAAUCUUUCUUGCUCUCGAUCUGGCUUAAAACUCGAGUCAUUGCUUCAAUGUUUUGGAUUUUUACACAGCUUUUGAAACUUUAUUGAAGUGAGGGCUGUUCGGUUCACUGUUUCUCCUUCCACUAUUGCUUGAGUGAGUCUCUUUCGUUGUCUCCCGCCCUUCUAUCGCCGUAGCAGCAGAAGCAGCAAUUAUGACAAAUGAAAACUUUAACAAUUCAAUUAUAAACAAUUGUUUGGCCAAUCUAAACGGCAAAUUUAAUGGAGCACACACACACACACUCAAUUGGAAUGUUUGUGGUUGUCAGUUUUGUGAAGCUACACAUUAAAUAUCAUACGGCAAAAAUAAAACAUUUAAAACGAGUCACAGCAAAUGAACGGGAAGAAGGGAAUGAGGCAAGCAUAGAGUGCGCGCGGCCACUAACAAAACACAGAGACCAAGAGACAAACUAAAUGCGUGAAAAGUAUUUACUCAAGCGAAACAACACUUCGGCUUGUCAUUGGGUCAAUAUAAACACACUUAAACACAUACUCCUGAAAGGGAAAAAGGAAGAGCGAACCGAAAAAAAAAACUCGUCAACAAUAAUUUAUGAUGUUACUAUGCGGAUGGCGAAAACGACGAAAUAACAAAAGCUCAACGGCUUUGAGCCGAACACAAGCUACGAAUUCAUCGUCUUCCGAUGAGCACGAAAUCAAUGAUAAUGCAGCACCACCAAUCGCCACCACUGCCACCAUCGCCACCACCACCACCACCACGGUCAAAUCGAGCGAAGAAGACCAUUCAACUGAAAAUCCCAAAAGCAAUCCCCGUAACAAAUGUGCGCUACAACCUGGUCAUUCGCUAAUGGACUGGGUGCGAUUGGGAAGCUCAAAUUACGAUUUAGCUGGUACGAAAGGCAUCAUUCGACCGAUUAGUUACGAAGAACUGGCCAAACACAAUAAAGUCGACGAUAUUUGGCUGGCGAUACGUGGCAAGGUUUACAACGUUACGAAAUACAUGGCAUUUCAUCCGGGAGGUGUUGAUGAGCUUAUGAAAGGUGCUGGAAAAGAUGCAACAAAACUAUUUGAUGAUGUUCAUGCAUGGGUGAACUAUGAGCAGCUUUUGUGUAAAUGUUUUGUUGGUCCGUUGCGCACCACGUUGACCAUAAAUUUGGAUGUGAGUGGAAAUAGUUCACGAGCAAAAAGUAUCAAUCAAUUAGCGAGCUCAACAACGCCAAACGGUUGUUUUAAGGCGCCAUUCUUGCCUAUAUUGAAUACGGUUAGCAGUGGCAGCAACAAAUCACCAACAGCGUCAACGGCAACGACAGCCAAAACAACGGACGAUGACGCACAAUCCACUGUAGAAAGUAGCUUAGGUGCAGCAAUUGAAAUUGUGCCACGGUUCGAUUGGAUACAGAAAACCAAUGAACUUUCACUGGUAUUUUAUACAAAAGCAUUGUGUAAUCCAGCGCUUAUGAUUCGCUGCAUAGCCGCAACCAAAUUGGAAAUUAGCAUUCAAAUCGAGCAAACGCUACACUGUAGCCAAUUUCAAUUGGCCGAUCAAGUGGAUUUUCCGCCAAUUGCAACGAAAAUUAAUUAUGAAACGGGGAAAAUUGAAUGCAUCUUUCAUAAACAUGUGCCUGCACUUUGGACAAAUUUCGGUCUAAUGACACGGCAAAAACUCACCGAUUUAAGCAAUUGCAAAUAUCUAUAUAAUGUCAUUGAACGAGUACAAAUCACACACGAUUCUUAUGCAUUAGUCUUGCAGCCAAAGCAUACUCUCAUCCAUAACCUACCAAUCGGCCAUCAUAUCAGUGUCACUGCAAAUGUAGAAGGCACCAAUAUUACACGUAGUUAUACACCAGUACCAAAAUCAUAUGCACCAAUUAGUUGUAAUCAAGUGGCCGAUCCAAGUUUUUAUCUAUAUUUAUUGAUUAAGACAUAUGUAAAUGGUGCGUUAACCAAACACAUCACCAAUAAUUUACCGUUGGCCCAAGACUUGACAAUUUCGCAUGCAAAGGGAAAUUUCAAGCUGCAACAAAUCAAAGAUUUUAAACGGAUUGCGGUGCUGGCGGCAGGUAGUGGCAUCACACCAAUGCUAGGUAUCAUCGAUUAUUUGCUCGAACGGAGAACCAAUAAAGUUGAAUCGAUAAAUAUGCUGUAUUUCAACAAAACGGCCGAGGAUAUUUGGUGUAGGAGUAAUUUAGAUUCAUUGGCCGAUAAAAAUAAUAGGUUUCAUAUGCGGUAUAUUUUAUCGGAGCCGAAAAAUGCCGAGGAUUGGCACGGUGAAAUUGGCCGUAUGACAGACGAAAUAGCACAGAGCCUAUUUAAAUCGGAUUCGAAAUUUUACUCGGAAUAUUGCCUAGUUUGUGGUCCGCAACCGUUCAACGAAUUGUGCACGAAGACAUUGGGAUUGGCGGGCUAUGACGAGAAUCGCAUGCAUUAUUUCCGCGGUUGAUGCAUCGCUUUUAGGACGAUAUUUACCUUUUAAAAAGCAUUUUUUUUUCGGUUUUAAUGCCGAUCAAAAACACUCGAGCUAAAUAAUUCCAAUUUGUGAUUUAAAAAUUAACAAAACCAAUAAAAACCAGCAAUAACCAAAUGAAAAUGAAGAAAAAAAAGCAACAAAAUCUUUUUAAAAUGUUUUCAUUAGAGAAAAAAAAACUAUUGCUAUGGAUUUGAAUUUAUUUAAUAAACAAAUGAUCAAAAAUAACUAAAAGUAAAAA